UAAUAAAUCCAUAUUUGAAUAAUACCAAUAAAAAGCCAAUUAUCUUAUGGCACGGCUUAAUGCAAGACUCGACCACUUGGUUGGUGUCCACUGAUGGUCGGAUAAAUGAACACAAUAUAUACAUUGAAAAUAAUCAAAUUGUCAACGAUUGUGAGUUAACUGUCACAUCAAGUUUGGCAUUUACAUUAUCUGCCUGUGGUUAUGAUGUAUGGCUACCCAAUUAUCGGGGAACUGGAUACUCAAACGGUCAUGUUUUAUACGAUUCUAUAUAUGAUACAAAAUAUUGGGAAUUCACGUUCACUGAACUGGCAUUAUAUGAUGUGCGGGCAGUUGUUGAGUAUAUAUUGAGAAAAACACUUCAGUCUUCUGUAGGAUAUAUCGGUCAUUCCCUGGGAUCGACCACAAUGUUCAUACUAUUAUCACUUAUGCCAGAGUUUGAGCGAUAUGUCAAACCUUUUAUAGCUUUCGCUCCGUUUGUUUUUAUGUCAAAUAUGAGAAGCAAUUUGCGAAUUGUUGAAAAUUUUGAAUCAAAUUUAAGAAAUAUUCCCAGAGCUGUUGGCAUACCUGAGUCAAUCAGACAAUUGAUUGGUACGCGAUUACCUAUAUAUGUAAGUCAUACGGGAUCAACAUUUUCAACCUGGAUUUAUGCACAUGUAUCUCAACUUAUUAGAACCGGUAGAUUUGCAUUAUUCGAUUAUGGUAUACAACAAAAUAAGGAACGAUAUGGUCGAUCAGUUCCACCUGAUUAUCCAUUGAAUCAUAUUUUAUCUAAAAAUAUUGCUCUGUUUUAUGGAUUAAAUGAUUUGGUGGCCAAUAUUACCGAUGUUUUGACAUUAAUAAAUAGAUUGAAUGUAAAGUUACUUGAUAAUUAUUUGGUGGCACAUCCUAAAUGGACACAUCAUGAUUUUAAUGUUGGAGUACAUCAGGGACAGUAUGUUAAUAAACGAGUACUAAAACUAUUGAAACCAUAA